AUGAAAAUCUGUGUCGAAUUGUUCAUGCAAUUGGAUCUUUUGACAAAUUCUGUCAUAGCCAAUAAUCAACAUCAUCUUGGAUAUUACAACUUUACCCAGCAUCGGUGCGGCCAAAAAAAUUAUAAUUUUAUGCAUUUAGACAGUCUAAACCAAUCAAACGCUUCAAAUCUUAAUUCAUAA